GACCCGCUGCUGUGAGAGAGAGAGAGAGAGAGAGAGAGGUCGCGCGCUUGUCAGCAGCAGGAUGGUGUGGAUGUCAGAGAGCUGCUGAGAGACCCCGGGGCUUUACCUUCACCCCUUCCUCCUGGAUCCGCCCGAGCCCCCCACCCCCACCCCCCCCCUCUCUCUCUCUCUCUCUCUCUCUCUCCUGGUUCUGAUUCUGGUUCUGAUAAAGGCGCAGCUGCGUUUCUGGAUCCCCGACAAACACAGAGCUUUGAGUCUGAGCGCGCGCGGCUCCUGAGCGCAUCUCAUUUCGUUUUUAAUUCGUUUCUAUUUCUAUUUUCAUCUCGUGAUGAGGUUGUGGAGGAGAUCCUUACUCGGGGUCAUGUUCCUCUUCUCUCUCUCUACAUCGGCUCUGUACUUCAUCUACUCGGCUCCGGGGAUCGUGAACGAGUAUCUGUUCAUGGUCCAGGCUCGGGGAAUGCAAAUCCGUGAGAAUGUGAAAAAUAUUGGAGCUCAGGUUCUGGAGCAGGUGGUGAGAACUGCCUACAGCGUCAAUGGAACAGACUACCAGUACGACUUUAACUUGAGUGAAACAGCUGCCCCGCCCACUCCAUACCUGCCCAUGGGGUUCACUUACCUGCCCACUGACAUCUGCCCUGAGAAACUGCCCACUAUGAAGGGCAGGGUGAAGGUGAAUAUGAGUGAGAUUGCACUCAAGACAGUGGAGAAAAAUCUACUGAAAACUGACCCCACCAUCCACCUCGGAGGCCACUGGAAACCCCACGACUGCAUCCCACGCUGGAAAGUGGCAAUCUUGGUGCCUUUCCGACACCGGCACGAGCACCUGCCCAUUCUUCUGCAUCACCUCAUCCCAGCACUGCAGAGACAACGGCUCGAGUUCGGCUUCUACGUCAUCGAACAGGCGGGAAACGAGCCCUUUAACCGUGCCAUGCUCUUCAACGUGGGGUUUAAGGAGGCGAUGAAGGACAUGCUGUGGGACUGCAUCAUCUUCCACGACAUCGAUCACAUUCUGGAAAAUGACCGGAAUUACUACGGAUGCAGCAGAAUGCCGCGCCACUUCGCCGUCAAACUCAACAAAUACUCCUACAUGCUGCCGUAUGAGGAGUUUUUCGGAGGCGUGAGCGGUCUCACUACUGAGCAGUUCCAGAAGAUAAAUGGUUUUCCGAAUGCAUUCUGGGGCUGGGGAGGAGAGGACGACGACCUCUGGAACAGGGUUCAGUACGCAGGCUACACCGUGAGUCGACCUCGAGGUGACAUCGGGCGCUACAGUUCCAUCCCCCACCACCACAGGGGAGAAGUGCAGUUCCUGGGCAGGUACAAGUUACUUCGCCGCUCGAAGGAGAGACAGAAACUGGACGGUCUGAACAACCUGAACUACUCCCCCCUAGUGUCCCGGAGGACUCUCUACACCAACAUCACCGUCAGUCUGAGUCAAAACCUCGCUCCCAUCACCGACUAUUAACCACGCCCACUCCCACUGCCACUCCUAGUCCUCUCUGACUCGUCCUCGCCAGAGUCAAGACAGGGCGAUCUGUCAGUUCUCCUGACCUCCUCAGAACAACCGGAACGUUUUUCAGGACUCAUCGCUAAUUCUAAUCUUCACUGGUUCCUGAGCCUUCACCACAUCUCAUUUCAUUUCAUAUCAGUACGACCAACAGGGCGUAAGAAGUUGAGAAACUAUUCCCCCGUCUUUUUUAAAUCGUUAUUUCAAUAACAUCCUUUUUUUUAGCCACUCUUCAGACCACGCCCAUCUUCAGAAAAGCCUCUACAGAAGAAAAAAAAGUGCCGGGUCUUUUCCUUCGGACUACAGACUCCAUGACAGCGAGAGUCUGUACAGGAGUCUACGUGUUUACAACAGGAACGAGUAAGCUAGCAUGGUAGUUAGCAUGCUAGCUGCCUGCAUAGGAGAACACCUCGUUCCUUUUGGAUAAAGUGGCGCACAGCUGGAUUCUGUGCAGCAUAUAAGAGAAUUAACAAAAACGCACUGAUAGGAAUGCAGUACAACAAUUUAUCAAAUAUAUCUCAUGUGUUAAGUGUAUGUUAAGCAUGUUCUCUCUGUGUGUGUGUGUGUGUGGCCUCACAUGUCCCUUCCCCUGCUAUGGUAAUAACGCACCACCUGACAGCCAAACAAUUGCACGAGGACUCAUCAGACUCGUUUGUUUGAGGUUUGUGUAGUAGAGCAAUACACACAUGACCAAUCAUGACACACAGCGUUAGCAUAGUUUUGAGAAAUGUGUUUGGAAAAGCUAAGGUCAUGCUCAACUGCACGACAAAAAGCUACGGUUAUGCAAACCGUCUGCGCGAUACACACACACCUGCACACACCUAACAUCAUGUUUAUUUCAUCUAUUGUGGUUCUUUAUUUACAUACAUAGCAUGCAUUAGCAUUGUGUGUGUGUGUGUGUGUGUGUGUGUGUGUGUGUGUGUGUGUGAGAAACAGGAGAGAGCUAUGCAAAAUGUUGUGAAAUUCAGACCACUUGUUCAUUAAAUGAAUGCUAGUUUUGCUAGUAAUGUGAAAAUGCUAACUAGCUAAUCAGGCUAUGCUAGUUCGUUUGCAUUGAUAAAAAAAAAUUAUCUUGAUAUUUCAGAAAUUUUUAAACCGAUGUUUACACCAUGAUGGUGAAGUUUUUAAUGGUUUAUAAUGGUUUUAAAACACACCGGCUAGCUUUGCUGCGCCGCUAACACACACGUUACUGUUUGUUUACAGUCUGUGUGUGUGUGUGUGUGUGUAUGUGUGUGUGUGUGUGGUGUCUCUAGCUACCUCUACACCCAUCAAAAUUAAUUGUGGCCAGAAUUUGUACUUAAUUCAUUAAUUAGCUGCUUUUCCGAGUGCUUGAACAAAGGAACUCUCACAUCAAGCUUGGCUGAACUAACACACACACACACACACACACACACACACACACUCUCACGCACUAUCUCACAUCAAGCUUGGCUGAACUAACACACACACACACACACACACGCACUCUCGCACACACACACACAAAAUGCACUCAUUCACUGGAGCCCCAUGACUAUCACUACAUGAUUUGUUGAUUUCAUAUCUGGUGUGUGUGUGUGUGUGUGUGUGUGUGUGUGUGUGUGUGUACCAGAGUGCGUCCAUGUUCUUUACCAGAGGCUGGUCCUCUUGUAUUUAUUCCAUUAUGGACAUUUUAUCCUGUGGUUGAUUUUUAUUUUACAUUUGUUACUACGUUCAGCAAAACACACGAACGGAACAAAAUGUAAAAACGAGUAGAGCUGUGAUCUAAACAAAAUAAAGAAAGGCACUGAAAGAUGACACGGAGCGUGUCGAAUCUCUGAGAGAUAAAACUCUGAAUGGAGAGCUGUUUCCAUAUGAGGACACUGCUGAGAGAGAGAGAGAGACAGGGAGAGAGACAGGGAGGGGGGAAGGGGAGACAGAGAGAGAACAAGUGAGAGAGAGACAGAGGAAAGGGGAGGGAGAGAGACAGACAGAUAGAGACAGACAGACAGGAGAUGGAAGAGGAGAGAGAGAGAGACAGAAGGGGGCAGGGAGAUGGACAGAGAGAGACAGACAGACAGAGAGCUCCAGCUGAUAUUUAUGGUGCUGACCUCGUCGAGGCUGAGUAUUGUGCAGCUGCUAUUUUAUUCUCUGUUUAUCUGACAUCAAUCAUGUGAAAACGAAUACACACUGAAGUGGGCGUGGCUCCUCUCUCCUCUCGGCGUCUGAUGGAAACGGUUCAAACUCGCCAAGCUGGGGGUCGUUUAAUAUCGUCGUGAUUAGGACCUGUUUCUCAGACUGACCUUCUGACUCUACGUUCACGCUAUCGAACAACAAAUCACUCGCGUCACAUGACGGCUUCUGGUGAUGUGUACGGUAUGGGCAUGGCCUGUCCUGUAUUUUUAGCACCUGUAUAGUCAUAAAAGACAAUAAAAUUACCUUUCAAGCAUUUCUUUUUCUUCAAGUCUUCUUUGAUGACAUUUUUUUCCCUUUCGUGCUCUGACAGAGACAGCCGUGUUUCUUCCCCAGUUCGUACGUACACCAAGGUCAAAAAUAACGUCCUUCCAACUUCCGAGGAAAGUCGAAUGUGACAUAAAGCUUCCGAAUCUAACUCUGAAAACUCAGAUGAAAUAAAAAUCCGUGUAAAAGUGUGUCAUGUGAUUUACGUGUUACGUGCUUGUCUUUGUCUUCGCGUCGUUCUCAGAUUAGAUUGGGAAAGCGAGCUAACUGUAGCAGCUUCGUUCACUCAGCAGAGACACCGACGAUCUCCGCUACGUCCUUCCAAACGUCUCCGUAACGUCCGAGGAACCGCUUGAGCAAUUGUUUGGGUUUGUCGCUUUACAGCAUCGUAACUAAGUUGCGCAGAAGUGAGAAAAUCUUUAGCGAAAUGUCACUUUGUUGCUGAAAUUGCAGUGCGUACGAUGAAAAUAACGCUUUGUCGCUCGCUAGUAUGAACGCAGGGUUACUGACUGACUGACUGAUUUAUCGUUUAAUUUAUCCCUUUUUUUAGCACUGAUCUCGUGGACGUGUGUUUCGACCCCCAUCGACGGCCAUCUCCAUUCACCCGUAGCCAUGAUAAACUUAUUAACAUUUAUCCAUUCUGAUCCGACCCGUAUGACGGGAUGGUGGGGGUUCCCUCCUCCCUGACGGGACAGCAGCCUUAAAACUUUACUUUAUUCGAUGUUAUUAUACAGUUAUUUUUUAUUUUUAUAGUCAGAUCUAUUUAAAAUUUAAUGCAUAUGUGUGUACGUAUGUAUGAAUGUCCACUUGUAUAUACAUGUGGUUUUAUUUUAAAUAGCUUAAAAGAAAGAAAGAAACCUCUUACUUCGUACUGAAGAUAAUUAUAAAAGGUAGAUUAGCACUGAAUUUAAAAAAUAAAAAUUCAAGUUGUUUACAAAAGAUUGAUUUGGUAAUUUGGCGUUUUUUUGGAAAAAUCUCCCAAAAUUUUUAAAACAAACAAAAAAACUAACGAGAGGGGAAAAAAAUAGGGAAUUUUGGUUGAACAGGAAUUUCAUACUCAUAUUUACUUCUGAAAAUGAAUAAAUAAAAAUCAUGUUUAUUUCCUGGCUGACCAAACCGGCAGCUUCAUGUUCAGUGUCUUUUAUAUCAAUCCAGAUAAAUAUAUACACAUUUAAAGAAAAUAAACUAAUAAUGAUGAUGAUAAUAAUAAUAAAGGUUUUCCUGUGACUGUACGGAGACAACGUCUCCUUAAUCUGAAGCCAUCUGUCACUCGUUACGUGUUUGUAUUUUCCGUUUGGAGUCCAGAUGAAGAUUUGUAUGAUGUGAGGUUUUAUUUUUGUUUGUUUGUUUGUUUUAUUAUGAUUGUUGUUGAAAUAGCAAAAAAUGCAAAAAUAAAACAGAAAUAUAAUAAAUAAAACAUUAUGCUA